AGCGGUUCGUUGUAUCCUGGGUGGUGCAGUUUGGUUGACGCUUGCCUCUGGCUAACACAUAGCUCUCUCUAACACACCUCUUUUGUGUUUUACAGGUCGGCUGGCUCCUAUCCCUAGAUACGGGCUUCAGGAGCGUCCACCGAUCCUGUCCUCCCGAAACGCGCUUGUCGUUUCGGGUUCUCCCCGCUUUUGGGAGCUUUCAGUUAUGUUUGUUCCUUUUUCGCUUCCAAUGCUUCAAUAGCGCAUUUGGUUUAGUCACUGUUGCACCAGUGUUUGGUGCAACGGGUUGCGUAUACGCUCCGCACCUGAGCACCCGGGGUUCGCGUCCCAACUUUGCAUUUUCAUUUUUUCCCUUUUUCUCUUUUUCAGUUUCCCUCGCCUGCGGAUUCAGCGGCUCAAUCGGGGUUCUCCCGAUUUGUUUUUUGUUCCUGUUUUUUUGGGUUUUUCCAUUUGCUUUGACUUUUGUUUAAAAUAAAAUUAUUAUUUAAUAUCUGCACCUUGGGUCCUUGUCCAUUCAUCAUAACAUGUAUAUCAAAAAUAACUAUUGGAAAAUUCUCUGAGCUGAGGAUUGUGCUACUGGGUACAAAUGUUCAUUACACCAACAAAUUAGCAAACAUCCUUCUGGGAAAAGAAGUGUUUGAGACUGAAGCUCCUCCAUAUUUACUAGAUCAUCACCGUCAGAGAGUUAGUGGACAGGUGGAGGGAAGAACCAUCACCAUCAUCAAUGCACCUCACCUAUAUAAUCCCAAACUCUCUCAGAAGGAACUGAUACAGAAAGUGAAAGAGUGCAUCACACUCUCAGAUCCUGGACCUCAUGUGUUCUUACUGGUGCUCCAGUCCCAAAACCUCACAAAGGAGCACAAUGACAGAAUCAUAAGCACCCUGUACUCGUACAUCCCACAGUCUAUAAACCGGUUAUUAUUAGUAACUGCAGCUGAAGAGCAUGGAUUCUUCUCCACAUGUAUCAGUGAAUGUGAGAUGAAACACUACAGAAUUGUGAAUCUAUCACCAUUUAAUAAACAUCAAGUUCUGCAGCUUCUGAAGAAGAUAGACGUGAUGGUAACUGAGAGUGGAGGAGAUCACAUGACCUGCACAAUUAAUGAACCACAAGAGAGGAAGAACCUGGGAUUAUCAAGACCACAAGACCAGGAUUAUUCAUUAGAAACUACAUCAGCUGAUCCAGCUGUGAAGAGAAAACAGCUGGUGCAGAGUGAAGUGUGUGAGCUAAGGAUUGUUCUACUGGGAAAGAAUCUUUCAGACACAAGCACAGUGGGAAACUUCAUCCUGGGCAGAGAUGCAUUUCAAACUGAAGUUCCUCCACAUUCUGUAGACCUACACAGUGAGAGGGCCAGAGGAAAUGUGGAAGGAAGAUACAUAACCAUCAUCAAUUCUUCUCAUCUUUUUGAGCAGAACUUCUCGCAGCAUCAGCUAAACCUGCAUAUUAAAGAGUGUAAAUAUCUGGCUGAUCCUGGACCUCAUGUGAUCAUCCUGGUUGUGCAGCCAGAUGAUUUCACUGAAGCAGACAGAAACAGAAUGAAUAGUAUCUUCUCAGAUGUAUCUGAUGAGGUCUAUAGACACACCAUGGUGCUCAGUAUGGAACCCAUGGAACUGGGCACCACUGUAGAUCCACCUAAAGAAACUGCAGUGCAGAAGAUCACUGCUGACUGCAACAAGAGACAUUUAGUGUUUAAUAGAUGCAGUCAUGAUGAUCUUUUGGAGAUGAUUGAUGGAAUAGUUAAGGUAAAUAAUAAUGAGACCCUUAACUGCGAGGAAUUUCAGGAUCCUGUUAUUGAUUUAAAGACCUAUGAACAACAUACAGUCUUAGGAGAACACGGAGAAGAGCAAGUUCAAACCAAACAGCAAGAAAAUAAAGACACAACUGAUCUGGAGGAGAAAGAGAGCAAGAGUACUGAGCCUAAACUAAGGAUUGUGUUGUUGGAGAAGAGUCUACAGAACACCAGCACAGUGCAAAGUUUAAUCCAAGCCCACUAUCAGACCAACGUUACUCCUCGUUCAGUAGAUCAGCACAGUGCAAGUGCUAAAGGAACGGUGGAUGGAGGACGCUUUACCUGCAUCGACCCACCUCUUCUCUAUGAUCCAGAACUUUCUCAAGAGGAAGUGAUUCAGAGAGUGGAAGAGUGUCUGUCUCGUUCUCAUCCAGGACCUCAUGUGUUUUUAAUUCUGGUACAGCCAUACAGCUUUACAGAGGAGGAACGAAUGCGCCUGAUCUCCAUACUGAACUGCUUCAGUGACAAAGCUCUACACUAUUCCAUUCUGAUCAGUACAGACAUUAAAGAUUUUAGUUUAAAGGGAAUGUCUGGUGCUUUUCAGAAGCUAAAGGAAAACUGUCCAAAGCAUCACAAACUUAAAGAGUUACAGAAGAAGAAAAAAUAUGUUCGCCAGCUUUUUGAGGGCAUUGAAAUAAUGGUUAAAAAGAAUGGAGGCCAUCUCACAUGUAAAAGCUUUACAAAUGUGAGGAACAUUUUGUUCCCUAUAGAUGAGGGAUCCACAACACAAAAAAGAGAGACUACACAAACUUUAGUGGAACAGGUUAAAGAAAAGGGUAUAACAUCAGUGACACCAGGACGGCCAAGAAAAACCAAAGAUGAAGGUAUAAAAACACCAGAAGGAGUCUCUACAUUACCAGUGUUGAACUUGGUGCUGUGUGGAAGUGAUGAACUCAAAUCUUCAAUAUCAGAUCUCAUUCUGAAGCAGACAGAACUGAUAUCAGAUCCCAGAUCAGAGUGUUUAAUGAGGAAGGGUGUGGUGAGUGGAUACCAGGUCACACUGAUAGAGACUCCGACUCUCUACAACACUAAGCUCUCAGAAGAGGAAGUGAUGCGAGAGACUCUUCAGUGUGUAUCUCUUUGUAAUCCUGGAGUUCAUGCUUUCAUCAUCAUCAUACCUGUUGGUCCACUUCAGGAUGAAGAUAAAGCAGAAAUCAAGCUGAUCCAGAGGAUCUUCAGCUCCAGAAUGAAUGACCACACCAUCGUCCUCUUUAUCAACAGUAACACUGAUGAUACUGCAGCAAUAAACUUUAUUAAACAAAGUUCAGAAACAGAAGAACUUCUCAGCAUGUGCAGUGGUAGAUACAUCAUGUUACAGAAAACAGAGAGUGAAAGACUCCAGCAGGUACCAGCUCUGUUGGACCAAGUAAAGAUGGCGACUACCAACAAGUUUUAUUCUCUCCUGAUGUACGUUAAAGCACAAAGAGAUGAACUGGAGAAAAAACUGGCUGAAAAGGAGGAGAAAAUCAAGCAGCUACAGAAACAUCAACAGCAAACAUGUGCUGAGGGUGAAUUACUUGAUUCUGGGACUCUGAGAAUUGUUCUUAUAGGAAAAACAGGAAAUGGGAAAAGUGCAACAGGAAACACCAUCCUUGGAAGAAAAGACUUUCAGUGUGAUGUCAGCAUGACCUCUGUUACAACAAUUUGCCAUAAGGGAUUUGGAGAAGUUGAGGGCAAAUCCAUUGCUGUUGUUGAUACUCCGGGACUUUUUGACACCACGUUGUCAAAUAAAGAAGCAACUGAAGAAAUAGUGAAAUGUAUCUCACUCUCUGCUCCUGGACCUCACGCCUUUAUCAUUGUGUUAAGUGUAGGAAGAAUCACACAGGAAGAGCUGGAGACCCUGAGUCUGAUCAAGAAAAUGUUUGGUACUGAUGCUGCAAAGUACACCAUAGUGCUGUUUACACGCGGAGAUGAUCUGGAAGAUCAGACUUUGGAAGAAUAUAUUAAAAAAAAGGGUCAUAAAAUCAUGGAAAAACUAAUCAGGGACUGUGGUGGAAGAGUUCAUGUGUUCAACAAUAAAGAAAAGAACGAUCGUACACAAGUCUAUGACCUUAUCAAAAUGAUAGAAGAAAUGAUAAAGUCUGACAGAAACAAUUACUUUACAAAUGAGAUGUUUGAGGCAGCAGAAAAUUCCAUCCAGCAGAAACAACAAGAAAUACUAAAAGAGAAGGAGGAACAGAUGCAGGCUGAAAAAGAAGUUAUGAGAUAUAUAUAUGAAGAAGAGCUGGAGAAGAUAAGGAAGAGUAUGGAGACAGAGAAAGAAAAGCUGGAACAGGAGAGAUGUGAAAGAGAAAAAGUGUUUAAGGAAAGGGAAGAAGCUCUGAGACGAGAGUUUAUGAAAAAAGAAGAAGAAGAAAAGGAGAAACGGAGGCUAGAGGACCUAAGAAGAUCAGAAGAGGAUAAAAGACAAAAGGCAGAGAAUGAUCGCAUGUUGGAGGAGAUGAGGAAGGAAAUGGAAAACCAAAAUGCUACAUUUCUCAAGCAGCAAGCUGAAAAAGACGAGGAGGACCAGAGGAGAGCAAAAAGAGAAAAAAUCGAGAGGGAACGUUUUGAACGUGAACAAAAAGAAGCAAUGGAGAAACUAAAAAUCAGACAGAAUGAAGAAAUUAAAAAGAGAGACGAGGAAGAACAAAAGAGAAGAAAAGAACAAGAAGAAGAACAGGAAAACUGGAGGAGGAAAAUUAAGGAGGCAGAAAAUGAUAAAAAGGAGAUAAAAGAUGAUAUUGAGAGAAAAUGGAGAGAACGAGAAAUGGAAUUGAAGGAGAAGAUGAGAGCAGGAGAAGAGGAACACAAGAGAACAAAAGAGAAACAUGAUAAAGAAGUAAAAGAACAGGAAGAAAAACAAGAACAAAUAAGAAGAAGCUUUGAGAAGGAAAGAGAAGAUGAAAGACAUAAAAGAGAAGAGGAAAGAGAACAAUGGAAAGAAGCAGAAAGAAGAGAAAGAGAGCAGAGAGAGCGAGAGUAUGAGGAAUACAUUUUAAAAAUGAAGAAAGAGUAUGAGGAACAAGAAAGAAUUAGAACAGAAGAGUGGGAGAGAAGAAACCGUGAGGACAACGAGAGAAGAGAAGAAGACAGACAGAAGAUAAAGAGACUAAAAGAGGAAAUUGAGAAAGAAAGACAAGAAGAGCUCAAGAGAAGAGAGAAAGAAGACAGAGACAGAAGAGAGAAAGAAGAACGAGAGCGUGAGGAAAUGAAGAAGAACUACGAGAAGAAAGAGCUGGACAUGAAGAGCAAAUAUGAAGAUGAAGCUAGAAGACAAGCUGAGCAAUUUAGUGAUGUUAAAGCUCAGUUUGAAAAACACAUAGAGGAGCUGAUUACCAAGUACCAGACGGAUUAUGAACUUCUCAAUGAGCUGCACCGUGGUACACAGAAGGAAUAUGAUGAGCUUAAACAGAGCAAGGAGGAAACAGAGCGUGAAUUACGCAUUCUGAUGGAAACCUGUUUACCCGCCGAGGUUAAGGAUUAAAGUCGAGACUGCCGUGACAACUAUGCUGCUCGUGCCGGAUGUGACGGGUCUGGAGUAAUUGCACCAAGAAUGACAAGAAAUCACUACAGACUUUAUUGAAGACUAGAGCGAAGAACAACUCUAUUAUUAUUUAUCUAUUUAUUACCAGUUAUAACUUUUAGAUCAUUUAAUUCUGUGUUUGUAUGCUCUGUGUAAAUCGUGUAUUUAUUUAAAGUAUCCUCCAGACCACCCAAGAAGGAUGGGCCCUGCUGAGUCUGGUUCCUCUCAAGGUUUCUUCCUGUAAUUUUCAGGGAGUUUUUCCUUGCCACAGUCGCCCUCGGCUUGCUCAACAGGGAUUUUUGUAUCUAUUGGUCCUGG